UAUCUGUCAAGCUCACACCUGAACAUAGCCGCUUUUCUUGUCAAACUCCCAGAGAGCAGCACGGUAUUCCUCAGGAGCUCCCCAGACAUUAGAGCAAGGAUGAAGCUGGAGAAGUUUCUAGAAUCUCAAGUCUGUUCACGUUUUCAAGGGCGUAUUCAUUGAAAUGGCACCCAGGUUUCGCACUACUUUCCCAUAGCUUUGAGCCCAAAAUGCCCUAGACCCCAACUGCACCCCAUUUUCUUGGUUCUUCUAUUCUUCGCCGAUUCCAACUGACCCCAGCAUCACACGGUCUCCAGAUCCUGAGACCAUCAAUCAAGUCUUCCUCUCUCUGUACAAUCAGCUACAGGCAGGAUUUUUGGUCAUGUGUCCCCCAGUCAAUGUUCGCUAUGGGUCCAAGGGCAUGCCCUGCCUCUAUGCGGAAUGGCUAUACCAGCUUGUCCACGGAGACCAGAUGAAGAUCUGCUUUGCUUGCUUCAAGGCAGCUUUCCUAAUAAAUAGAUUACUGGCGAUGCAACACUGGGAAGGAGAACCGUGGGAAGAUAAGAACCAGGAACUAUCGGGGUCGGGAACCUCACCAGAGGAAAACCCUGAGCAGGAGGAAGACUCUGAGCCGGAGGAAGAAUCCCAGCCUGAAGAAGAAUCUCAGCCGGAGGAAGAAUCUGAGUUGCAGGAAAAAUCUCAGCCAGCAAAUGAAUCUGAUCCAAAGGAAGAAUGUCAGCCGGAGGAAAAAUCUGAUUCAGGGGAAGAAUCUCAGGUAGAGGACUGGUUAGGGCAAAGCUGGGCAGAGGGCCAAGAAAAUAAGUUUCAUAUUACAGUGGACGUCACUAAUCCUGACAUCCUGACCCCAGGCUCUAUAGGGACUGAGCUGCAGCCUGAGCAAGCUGUACUCCUGGACCCAUGCCCUGAGGAUUAUGACAGGUAUGGGGCAUAUCCCUGGAAAUUAGGUAGGUUCUCUCCCUGCCCCCAUCAGUGCAUCAUCCCCCCUCUGUCCUUCUGGGAUAUUUUCAAUGUGUAGCCACAUCCUAGGGAACCUCUAUUGUUGGAGUUGAGCCACGUCUGGCCCACGAACCCGCUGGUAGAAUCCUGCUUGAAGAAACAGAAUUUCUUCUUGGUGUUGUGUGGUUCCGGUACAGGAUGGUCCUUGGUGUCAAUGACUCCUUUAUGGGUAGUGAGGACCCAGGUAAACCGCUGGCAGAUGAUGCUGAAGCCUGAUGCCUUGGUGGU